AUGACGACUAGUGAACAAACAGAAUUACUCUUCACGCACGACCAAGUGAAACUUGAAUCAUUACAAUUAAUAUGGCUAAAUCAUCAGAUCAAAGAACCAAUAACGAACAUCGGUGUUCAGCAAAAUCUAUCUGAAAUAAUUAACGACAUACAUUACUUUUCCUCAUGGGAUGAAUGUCAUCAACAUAUUGAAAAGAAUAUUCUCACAACACUAUUAGUUUGCUCAGAUAUAUUUGAUGAAUCUGUUUAUUCUGAAGUUCAUCAUUUUCGUCAUAUUCAUUCGAUUUAUAUGUAUUCCACUUCUGGUGAAGAUAAACAAGUUUAUUUUCAAGAAUUAUUAGUUAAAUAUUCUAAAAUCAAACGUUUCUACACAAAUACUGAAGAAUUGAUGAAAGAUUUAUGUUCUGCUGCUGAAUCUAUCAUCUGUCAAAUUUUCGAACCAGUUGAUGAAACACAGAGUACAACAGAUAAUUUUUCAUCUUGGUGGGCUGGAUACAUUGACCUUCUGUGUCAUUUACAAUAUCCAGAUGGUUAUUUAAAACGAUUAAUCAAUACAUUAAAAGUUUAUUAUCGAACUAAAAAUAAUAAUAAAAAGAUCCUAGAUGAUUUGGAUGAAUUUGAAACUACUUAUCAAUCUAAAAAUGCCAUACGAUGGUAUACUCGUCCUUCAUUUUUAUUUCCAAUUCUAAACAAAGCACUUCGUCAACGAAAUACUGAAUUAUUAUUUUUAUUUGGAAUCGUCAUACAAGAUAUUUAUAAAACAUUGAAUAAUAGGUUUCAAGAAAAUAGAAUAUUAGCUGAAGACAGUCAAGCAUCGAAUUUAAAAGUAUAUCGCAGUCAACUUAUGUCAAAAGAAGAAAUUCAACGUUUAAAACCAUAUUCUGACAAGUAUCUCACUGUUAACUGUUUUUUCUCUACAUCAUUUAACAGAUCGGUUGUAGAAAUGUAUUCUGAUCCGAAUAACUCACAACAAGUAUUAUUUGAAAUUGAUUAUGAUCCACGUUUGUUAUCACGUCCAUAUGCAUCUAUUAUAGAUCUAAGUCAUAUACCGGAUGACGACGAAGUUUUAUUUAUGCCUGGUAUGGAAUUUGAAAAGUUAGAUUUUUUACAUGACAAAUGUUGGAAAUGGCACUUGAAACUACAAUAUAGUUCAUCGAUAGAAUUUUCCUAUGAAAAUGAUGAUAGAAAUCUGAAAAAUAAUGUCAUCCGAUUGAAAAACUUUUUACCUUCUUAUAAUACCCGAGCAAACGAUGUCGACAUUAUUUUUAGAAAACUGAUAGAACUAUUUCCAAACGAACAACAAUGGAUAUCAGCUGUUAAAUGGGAUAUUAUCGGUAGUCAUCAAGAAUUGAUAUUAGAGAAUUAUCCCUUAGCAAUUGAUAAUUAUAAGAAAGCUAUUCAAUUGUGGGAAACAGUUGGUGAAUCCAAUAUUGAUGCAAUUAAUGAAAUCGCUAGAAUUUAUAAUGAAAUCGGAUAUUGUUAUCAGAAAUUAGCUGACAAAAAUCACGAUCAAUCGAAAAAAUACAGUGAAGCAGUUGUAAGUCAUUCGACAGCAACUAACUCUGAUCGUACUGGUUCUCUAAAUCGUUUGAGUGAAAUACAUUUAACAAAAUCAAAGAUUGGUAACACUGAUGAGUCUAAUGAGAAUGUUUUAUUGGCAAUUAGUUUUAAAGAAAAAGCUUUGGAGAAUGCAUUAACUGACAAGACUUAUACUGGUCAUUAUAUCAGUGAGUGUAUGCAACGAUUGGGUCAACUUUAUGAAUUAAACUAUAACUAUGACAAAGCUAUUCAUUUUUAUAAGGAAGCAAUUGAACGAUAUUCACAAGAACGUGAGCAAUAUGUACCUACACUUAUUUACUAUCAUGAGAAAAUAGUGAAAAUUUAUCUGAAAGUUAUCAAAGAUUAUCCACAAGCAAUUGAAUAUCAAUUGAAAAUUCUUCAAUAUAAACUACAACAAUACGAAUUAAAACCAGAAAUAAGAGAAAUCCGUGAUAUUCAAUACAAUAGGAACCGAAUUAUGGAGAGUUUUGUCGAAUUAGCUGAUGUUUAUCUUGAAGCGAAGAUGUAUAUAUUGGCGAGGAAAACUCUCAAUGACACAUUAAUUCUAUAUGAUCAUGCAGAAUCACAAUCAGAAUAUGGCAAAAGAAUAAUCAAAAAUAUCCAUGAUAAACUGAAGAAUAUGCCUUUUGAUUAG